UUCUCAUGCGGUUUGGGGUUUUCCUCCUUCCUUCCUUUGGUUUCGCCGGAAAAUCCUUGUCUCGCGAUCGCGUCCGUUGCCUUGGCUAUAUAUGUACAUCUAUAUAGAUGCCACCGAUGUGCAAAUAUUUUGAGCUAAAAUAUAUUAAGUGCGCUGGAUAAAUACGCAAGUACACACAUACUGUCUGCAAAUAAAUAUAUGUGUGAAUAAUCGCUGCGAACGUGAGAAUCGCGCUGGCGUUGCAAGUUCGCAGUGCAGUUGUUGUUGUAACAUCGAUGUGGAGUGUCAAUUAUGUGGAAAUAUAUUUACAAAGAUGCCCCCCAGUGCGUGAGUGUGUGAGUGAGUUCUCCUGGCACUGAAUGUCACUAAAAGAGCGAAGGGGAGAGAGCGCGAGUGUGGGAGUGGAAGUGGGGCUGCUCUCUUUCCAGUGCGUGUAGAUCAGUUACCGCCAGCAACAACAGCAACAACAACAGCAACAACAAACAAACAAACAAGCGACAAUUCACAUUCAUUUCCAUUCAUUGCUGCGAUUAUCGUCAGUUUUGCUUUGCUCUUUCACCACGCACCACGAAUACGAAUACGAAUCAGUGGGUGAAAGGAAGUGGAAGUGAGAGUGUGGAGAGUGUGAAGAGUGGAAAAGUGGAAAGCACAGAGCAGAGAAGAGAGUGUCGCGUGUGAACCGUAGGAAAAUGCGAGGGGGGAGCGGAUAAGGAGAUUAAAGCGAAUGAAGAGGAAGCAGCAACAAUCGAAAAGUUCGCUCUGGGCACGCCCCCUUAUGACGCCCCCUGUGACGCGUUAUCAGCGGACACCCAACAAACACAACAAACACAAAGACCUGACCAAAAUCCACACAAAAUGGCGAUAAACUCGAGUGCCAGAGAAUCGCCGCGGGUCUAAAACCAAAAAAAAGUUCGUUCUCUUUAACAAAAACAACAAAAAAGAAGGAGGUAAACAAACUCGUUUUUGCCCCACAACAACAAUACCACCCCCCCGAAAAUCCCGAGAGAGAUCCCAAGAGAACCCACCAGAAUCAGCGAUAAGCAUCCCAAAGUUUGGGUGGCCCAGUCCACAGAAAACCCCGCACCAAACCCGAAACAAGCGCCUAAGAUGUGUUCCCGCAACAUUAAGAUCUCGGUGGUGCUGUUUCUCGUCUUGAUACCAAUCUUCGCCGCCUUGCCACACAACCACCAACUGUCGAAGCGCAGCAAUUUCUUCGAUCUGGAGUGCAAGGGCAUCUUCAACAAGACCAUGUUCUUCCGACUGGACCGCAUCUGCGAGGACUGCUAUCAGUUGUUCCGCGAGACGAGUAUACACCGAUUAUGCAAGAAAGACUGCUUUGAUUCAAAAUGGUUUGGCUCAUGCCUGAAAGUGCUGUUAAUACCCGAAGAGGAAAUUUCGAACUUACAGCACUUUCUGAGGGUAGUGAAUGGCUCGCCCAUAUCCUUCAACAUGGGACCGGAAACAUAACUCUAAGUUCCCGCCCCCCACACACACACACGCCCCAACUCACCCACACACUGAUGAAAAUCACUGCAAAAAAAUAAUGGUGGAUUGGAAGUAUCCCAUCCAACUACAACCACAAAUGCAGAGCCAGAACAAAGAAAUCUAAAAUAUUAAAACGCCCAAAUUUAAUUCGUACUUAUUUAUUACUGUAUGCCUAACAGUUUUUAGUGUAUGUGUUUUUUUAAAAACGAAUUAUUUUUAUUAAUUUAUUGAGAACGUUAUGCGUUUGUUGUAAGUGUAACAUAAUCUGGGCGAUUGAGAGAUGAGCGAUGAUAAGGAUUCGCAGAUCUCACAACUCCCCAAAAAUAUACAUAUACAUACAUAGAAGCCGAAGUAUUUAUUUUUAAGUAUUCUUAGCUUGUUUUAUUAUUAUUGCGUUAUGCGUUAUG